AUGUUCUACGCGGUGAUUUGUCUUCUCCUUGUUCUUUUCUGUAUCUUCUGCGUCUACGAUUGCUUCAAGCCACAGAAUUAUCCUCCUGGCCCAAAAUGGAUGCCACUGAUCGGUUGCUUCUUCACCUUUCGACAACUGAAGCUGAAGAAUGGCUACGUUUACUUAGCAUUUCACGAGCUAAUGAAAAGUUACGGUCCAAUUCUGGGUUUGAAACUGGGAACACAGAAGGUGGUUGUGAUCUCGACGCAUGAUCUGGUAAAGAAGGUUCUUCUUCAGGACGAGUUCAAUGGCAGACCGGAUGGAUUCUUCUUCAGGGUCCGUGCGUUUGGUAAAAAACGAGGAAUUUUAUUCGCCGAAGGGCCAACGUGGGCGCAGUGUCGUCGUUUUACGAUGCGUCACCUCAGGGCAUUUGGUUUUGGCCAAUCAAUUAUGGAGAAACAGUUGAUCAUUGAAGCAGAGAAUUUCGUAGAUUAUCUUCGUCGAGCUAGCGCGAAAGGUCCGGUGCCGAUGCACACGGCAUUCGAUGUCGCCGUUUUGAAUUCCCUUUGGUCCAUGCUUGCUGGCCAUCGAUUUGACUAUAACAAUGAAAAACUGAUGGAGAUACUUGAUGCUGUUCACGGUGCCUUCAGACUGAUGGAUACCAUGGGCGGUAUCGUGUCACAUAUGCCAUUUUUACGUUUCAUUAUACCAGAAUUAUCCGGUUACAACGAGUUAAUGAGAAUUUUACGAAAGCUUUGGGGUUUCUUAGACGAAGAGAUCACCAUUCACGAGAAACAACUGUCUGAUAACGAGCCUCAGGAUUUAAUCGAGGCAUUUCUUUUGGAGAUCUCGUCUAACAGCAUAAUCGAUGAUUCGAUCUUUGAUCGAGAAAACUUGUUGAUCGUGUGUCUCGAUCUUUUCUUGGCUGGCUCAAAAACAACGACAGAUACUUUAGCCGCCACUUUGCUAUUUCUAUCUUUGCACUCUGACUGGAUUAAAAUACUCCAAGAGGAACUAGAUAACGUUGUCGGUAGAUCACGGUCCCCAGCUUUGAAAGAUUCUUCGUCAUUGCCGAUGAUGGAAUCGUUUCUUGCAGAGGUACAGAGAUAUUUAAACCUGGCACCUUUUGGACUACCUCAUAAGACCAUGAAAGACGUAAAUCUGAAUGGAUAUCACAUACCUAAAGAUACAAUGAUUCUUCUGGACUUCCAUAGUGUCCACAAUGACAAGGCUUAUUGGGAUCAUCCGGAAGAGUUUCGACCACAAAGAUUUCUUGACGAUACUGGCCGAUUUUGUCCAAAUAGUGCAAGCAUGAUUUUCAGUUUAGGCAAAAGACGUUGUCCAGGAGAAAUGCUGGCUCGUUCAACCUUGUUCUUAUUCUUCACCUACGUUGUAUAUUACUUCGAUAUCGAAAUUUCACCAGACCAUGGAAAGCCAGAUCCGAACGGCUACGAUGGUUUCACCAUAUCGCCAAAACCGUACCAUCUGAAACUUACUUUAAGAUGAUUUGGCAAACUAUGAUUCUGUAUAAAAAAA